ACAUCCUACGGCUCCAGGUCUCCAUCUAGUGGUCUGAUAGAAGAACAUCAGCUGAUGGGAAUAUAAAACAGAAGAUCUAAUCAGUAGAUCUUUGAUGUGCUUCCUCCAAAAAAAGAAAAGAAAAACAUGUGUGACCUGAAUUGCAGGUGAAUUUAGCAGCAUGGAUGGUCAUGAGGACGGAGAGGAGGGAGUCCCUCCCUCACAAACACCUCCGUGUGAGAAAGACGAGAGCCACAGCCAAGCUCAGAAGACCAAACCGGAACCAGAACAUGAUCCCAGCUUUGUUUCCUUCAAGAGCGACAGAUCGAAAGACAUUAUGAAUACAUUUGAAGGCCGGCGUUCUGCUGCAAAGAGGGUCCAUCAGAAGAGAGAUUCUCCUGAACCUGAACCCAGCUGUUGGUCCUUCAAGAGCGACAGGUCGAAAGACAUUAUGAAUACAUUUGAAGACCGGCCUCCUGCUGCAAAGAGAGUUAAGCAGCAGAGCUCAGAGCCUCCCAUUCGUCAGUCUGUCCAGCAGCAGCAAACAGAUCUGGACUCCACAUUUAUGAUGCUGGAGGAGAAGAUUUUUACAUUUGUGAAGAAGGAGCUAAAGAAGAUGAAGAACAGUCUGAGUGCAGAUGAUCCACAAUGCUUAGAGAGGCAAGAGGAAGGUGAAGACAAAGAGGAGAAGGUUGCCAGAGAAGCAGUUGUGACGAUCUCAGUCGACUUCUUGAGAAAAAUGAAACGGAAAGACCUGGCCGACUGUCUGUGGAGCAAGGAUGCUGCUGCUGUCUGUCAACGACUGCUCAAGUGGAGGCAGAAGAAGACAUGCAAGUGUGUAUUUGAAGGGAUAGCAAAAGCAGGAAAUCCAACCCUUCUGAAUGACAUCUACACAGAGAUCUACAUCACAGAGGAAGGGACAGCUGAAGUCAAUCAAGAACAUGAAGUCCUACAGAUUGAAGCUGCAUCUUGGAAACAAGACAUGAAGGAAACAAAAAUCAGACCCGAAGACAUAUUCAAACUGCUACCUGGAAGAGUUGAAUCAAUCAAAACAGUGAUGACGAAGGGGGUGGCCGGUAUUGGAAAAACUGUCCUAACGCAGAAGUUCAUUCUGGACUGGGCUGAAGGCAAAACCAACCAAGACAUCCAGUUCACAUUUCCAUUCACCUUCAGAGAGCUCAACGUGCUGAAAGAGACAAAGUUCAGCUUGGUGGAACUUAUUCAUCGCUUAUUCCCUGAAACCAAAGAAGCAGGAAUCUGCAGGUUUGAGAAGUUCCGGGUCGUCUUCAUCUUCGACUGUCUGGAUGAGUGUCGACUUCCUCUGGACUUCCACAACAAUGAGGUCCUGACUGACGUUACAGAAUCCACCUCUGUAGAUGUUCUGCUGACAAACCUCAUCAGGGGGAAACUGCUUCCCUCUGCUCAAAUCUGGAUCCUCACAAGACCUGCAGCUGCCAGUCUAAUCCCCCCUGACUGUGUUGACAUGGUGACAGAAGUCAGGGGAUUUAAUGACACACAGAAAGAAGAGUACUUCUGGAAGAGAUUCAGAGAUGAAGAGGAGGUCAACAGGAUCUUCUCUCACAUCGAAACAUCACGAAGUCUCCACAUCAUGUGCCACAUACCCGUCUUCUGCUGGAUCACUGCUACAGUUCUGGAGAAACUGUUGAAAACCAGAAAGUCAAGAGAGCUCCCCAAGACCCUGACUGAGAUGUACAUCCACUUCCUGGUGGUUCAGGCCAAACUGAAGAAGGUCAAGUAUGAUGGAGGAACUGAGACGGAUCCACACUGGAGUCCAGAGAGCAGAAAGAUGAUUGAGUCUCUGGGAAAACUGGCCUUUGAGGAGCUGCAGAAAGGAAACCUGAUCUUCUAUGAAUCAGACCUGAGAGAGUGUGACAUCAAUAUCGGAGAAGCCUCAGUGUACUCGGGAGUGUUCACACAGAUCUUUAAGGAGGAGGAGAAAGGAGAAAGGAGGAGGAGAGAGGAGAAAGGAUUGUACCAGGACAAGGUGUUCUGCUUCAUUCAUCUGAGUUUUCAGGAGUUUCUGGCUGCUCUUCAUGUCCAUCUGACCUUCAUCAACUCUGGUGUCAACCUCUUAAAGGAACAACAGCUGGACACCCGUAAUAAGUCUGAAAGAAAAAGAGAUGGAGCUGAGGAGAGAACUUUUUACCAGAGUGCUGUGGACAAGGCCUUGCAGAGUCCAAAUGGACAUCUGGACGUGUUCCUUCGCUUCCUUCUUGGUCUUUCUCUUGAAACCAAUCAGAGUCUCCUACAAGGUCUGCUGACUAAGACAGGAAGGAGUUCAGAGAUCAAUCCUGAAGCAGCCCAGUACAUCAAGAAGAAGAUCGAAGAGAAUCCAAGCCCAGAAAAGUGCAUCAAUCUGUUCCACUGUCUGGAUGAACUAAAUGAUCAUUCUCUUGUCGAGGAGAUCCAACAGUACCUGAGUUCAGACAGUCUCUGCACAGACAAACUGUCUCCUGCUCAGUGGUCAGCUCUGGUCUUCAUCUUACUGUCAUCAAAAAAAGACCUGGAGGUGUUUGACCUGAAGAAAUACUCGGCUACAGAGGAGGCUCUACUGAGGCUGCUGCCAGUGGUCAAAGCUUCGAAGAAAGCUCUGCUAAACGGCUGUCAUCUGUCAGAGAGAAGCUGUGAAGUUCUGUCUGAAGUUCUCAGCUCAUCCAGUCUGCGUAAACUGGACCUGAGUAACAACGACCUGAAGGACUCGGGAGUGAAGAGACUCUCGGCUGGACUACGGAGUCCACAGUGCAAACUGGAAACUCUCAGCCUUUCAGGAUGUCUAAUCACAAUGGAAGGCUGUGAUUCUCUGGUAUCUGCUCUGAGCUGCAAUCCCUCCUAUAUGAGAAAACUGGAUCUGAGCUACAAUAAUCCAGGAGAGUCAGCUGCGAGGAUCCUCAGUGAUGGAGUGAAAGAUCCAGAAUGGAAACUGCAAUCUCUCAGGGUGGAGCCUGCUGGAGAGCGAUGGUUGAAACCGGGUCCAAGCAAGUAUUCCUGUGAACUCACGAUCGACACAAACACAGUAAAUAAAAACAUCAAACUGUCUGAAGACAACAGGAAUAUGACCUGCUUGAAGGAGGUUCAGUCAUAUCCUGAUCAUCCAGACAGAUUUGAUGAGUGGCCUCAGCUGCUGUGCAGAGAUCCUCUAACUGGUUGCUGCUACUGGGAGGUUGAGUGGCAAGGCAGAGUUGCGAUAGCGGUGAGUUACAGAGGAAUCGGAAAGAGAGGAGACGAGAAAGAUUGUGUCUUUGGGAGGAACAAACAGUCCUGGAGUCUGGAGUGUUUUGAUGAUGGUCGGUAUUCUGUCAUUCACAAUGACAGAGAAGUCGCAUCUUCCUCCUCAGUCUCUAACAGAGUAGCAGUACAUGUGAACUAUCCUGCUCGCACUCUGUCCUUCUACAGUGUCUCCUCUGACACUAUGAUGCACCUCCACACCUUCAACACCAACUUCACUGAACCUCUUUAUCCUGGAUUUAGGCUCUGGCCUGAUUCUUCAGUGGCUCUGUGUUCAGUUUAGUGCAAAUGUAUUUGGCUCAGGAGCCAAACCGGGCCCGUACCAGAGAAAUGAAGAGUGUUUGUGUGAGCUGAUGUUAAAAAA